CUGAGAGGCGACGCGCCCGCGCUUUUUCACUCCUGUGCUCAAAGAAGCUCGCGCGCUGCCUUUACGCUGACCAAUAGGCGUGCGAGAACUCAUUAUUAUUCAUAAGUUAUUGGACCAAUAGGCGUUUGACUUGCUUUAACAGCGCGCACGUAUUAUGAAUAUGUGAAAAGAUGUAAAUUUCACGCCGCGGUGAAAGAGCUAGCCAACCAGCACGCUGUUCUAUCGUAUUGUUUUGUUUUGUUCCAGCCUCAACGUUUCGAGCAGGGGCUUUAAGGGUAAUUCAGUACACCACCUUUCCCCGUCGUCGUCUUAAUUGUUUUCCGUAUUUUCCUCACAAUAUCGCCUGCGGUGUUGAGUUAUGCCCGGACAGACGACGGUUACUCUCUCCGUUGCUCCUAGCAACAGCAGCCCGCAAAAGCCUUUGCCUUUAGUUUUGAAGAAGAUAAUGGAGAUCCUACCGCCUAACAUACUCGACGACGGGGAUGAUGAGAUAGAGAAGGAGAAGCUGAGCUCCAUCGGAGACGGGGAGUCUUGCGGAGAUGGAGGCGGCGGAGGAUCCGGGGCGGGCGGCGUUUCGGCCUCGCUCACUCCCACGAUUUGGGACAAGACCAUCCCGUACGACGGCGAGAACUUCCACCUGGAGUACAUGGACCUGGACGAGUUCCUGCUGGAGAACCAAAUUCCUGCAGCUCUGGAGGAGGAGCUGCACAAGAGCCUGGAGCAGGAGGCCCAGGGUUCCCCCGCAGUCCCGGAAGUCUCGGCGGCCGUCCCACAGGUGCCCGGGGAAACAGAAAAAGCUGCAGAAGUGCAGAAGAUAAAAGGGGAGGACGAGAGUGAAAUAGCUGAGGCGCAGGUGAUGGAGAAUGCCACAGAGCCCGAAGAUAAGCCAGAGCGCACCACUCCGUCUCCAGUCAACCCAGAGGAGAUCGAGGUGAGUGUGAAUUUCCAGCCAGACCCAGCGGACCUGGUGCUGUCCAGCAUUCCGGGAGGAGAGCUGUUCAACCCGCGCAAACACCGCUUCACCGAGGACGAGCUCAAACCGCAGCCCAUGAUCAAGAAGGCCAAGAAGGUGUUCAUUCCCGAAGAUGCCAAGGACGAGAGGUACUGGUCGAGGAGGAAGAAGAACAACCUGGCGGCGAAGCGUUCGCGGGACGCGCGGCGUGUAAAGGAGAACCAGAUCGCCGUGCGCGCCAAUUUCCUGGAGCGGGAAAACGCGGCACUGCGUCAGGAAGUGGCCGAGCUCAGGAAGACCUGCAGCCGCUGCAAGAAGAUCAUGGCUCUCUACGAGGCCAAGUACGGCCCUCUGUAAGGACAGACACACGGCAGGGUCAUCAACAACCGUCACGAUCAACUAUCCGUCAAAUAUUCACACAGGGAUCAUGGGUAAAUUCAGCAGAAGUGGCAGUGUAAGUGGAAGUGUACGCUUGUAGACCGUAAGGUGAGGAAGUAUCGAAUAGAAAAGAGCUUACACUGGAAUUGUUCCGGAUAUUUUUCUCAAUAUGAAUUACACAGGUUAAGGAUCUUUACAGGAUCACCCCGGGGUACUUCUCAUUUCUCUUUAUUAAAGGGAUCUACACACACAAAAACAUCAGCUAUAAUAUUAUUACAUGCUUUAAUAAUGUACAACAUCCUACUCGUCACCUGACGUCUCAUAAGAUCAGAAACUUAUACUUUUAUUAGAUCAUACUUAUAUUAUAUCAUUUAUUGUUUGUUUGUUUGUUUGUUUUAUCGGAGGGGGGUCGGUGGAGCAUUUAUACCACAGGUUACAGCACGCUUAUAACAGAAAUGAAAUGAAUGGAGAUUUUAGAUCAUAAACAAUACUGAAGUUCUUUUCAAGCGGUGUUUUUUUUUUUUUGGAAAGAAGCGUAACCGACGGUUACAGCGUCGGGUUUUCAUCUUGCUAAUGAAGAGUUACGCCCCGUAGAGGAACAGCACUGGGCUCUUCCUGGCCAUUUCACGCCGGUCACAAAUAACACAAACGGAACGACGGGAAUUACGUCCUGAUUGUAAAAAAAAUCCAAAAUAAAUCGAAAUAAUUUCAUAUCAUUCGCCUUUUAGACGCGCUUUUCGCCUAGAAUUCCCAGAAAUGUAUCCUUGGCGUUUUCUCGAGCGAUUUCUUGAGGAAUUUCCCCGAGAUGAAGGCGGACUCUUAUCACCUGCUUUUCGGAAAUAUUUCACCCCGAGUCGUCCGUUUAAUUAAAGAUUUAUUCGUAAAUAAAGUGUUAAUUUUCUAAUGAAAAGAAACGGAAUUUAUAUUUUUGCUAGAUGAGAUUUCGCGCGUUUAAUCACACACCUUCAGAUCAAAAGCUUUUUAACGAUCACGAGAAAGGGUUCAGUCGAGUGUCCACAAACUUUUGACCGGUAGUGUGUGUAUAUAUUUAUACAGGGCGUCCCUACACUCUCCAUGCACGGGGGACAGGAACACUUUUUUAGCAGAAUGUCUUCCAAAAUAUUUCAUACUUGGUUUAUAUUAUAUAUAUAUUUUUCCAGACGGCCUUUGAGAGAAGAAGAACGUAUUGAAAUCUCUCACGGCUGGAUCAGGAGGCUUGGGCGAGACGACACCGUGCGUGUGUUCCCGCAGUGAAAUGCGAGAGCAGUCAUGUACAGGAUGGUUUUUUUGUUUGUUUUUUUCUGUAAAUAAAGUUCCGUUUUGCUGAAAAGUGUUGAUGUGGCCGAUCUCCGGAGACCGUCGGGACACCCUGUAUAUACUCGUGACGUGAACCCAAACCGUAAUAGCUUUCGACUCGGAUCAUUCCUAUCACGAGGAACCGCUUGAAGCGAAUGAGAAGUACGAACCCUCAGUUAAAAGACGGAACUGAACACCUAACCGGGGAUUCUCCGUCGCCGUGUUGUGUCAGAGAUUCGGUUUCAUUUCCGUCUCGUUCGUGAGAAACCGGUUACGAUCGCGAACGCGAGGACGAACUACACGCCCUGUCCCACUUUCUCCUCUGGAGGGAAGCUCGUGCUCCAGCAUGACCCGAGUGUGGCGAGUGAGGAGCAGAUUGAUUUAUUUAUUCGCUCUCCCAGUGAGAGAGAGAGAGAGAGAGAGAGAGAGAGAGAGAGAGAGAGUGUGAGUGAGUGUGUGUGUGUGUGUGUGUGUGUGUGUGUGUGUGUGUGCGCGUACAACUUCUUCCCUUUUUGUCCCAAUCAUGUGUUUGUGUGGUUUUGGCUCUGUAAGAAAAGAAUAAGCAGUGUGCUUGUGGUUUAUUAUUAUUAUUAUUAUCAUUAUUAUUAUUAUUUAAAUAAUACAGUAAUAAUCAGUUAGUUUUCUGUUAUGGAGCACUGCUAUCAUUUCUCCACACACACACACACACACACACACACACGGGCAGCUUCACAGGCAGCAGCACAUUAUCAGAGUAAGGCAGGGACUGUUAUUCUCAGCGACGAGCGCAAUCUUUAUACGACGCCACCUUUUCCGCUCACUCCGUAUAUUUACUACUAAACAGAAACGAGGAAGACGCUGGACUUCUUUUUAAGAGACGUUUUCGCAUGAAAUCUUCGUAAAUACGCCAGUCCUUCGAAAAUCCUCUUCUUCCAUUUACCUUUACUAAGUGGAGCCCCCUUCGCCGUAGUGAUGAGUGACUCUUAAGCGAUGCCUACUGUUCCGCGUCUCGUGCGUCAGUGACGUGUACACUAUAUCUGAUCAAAAAAAAGAUUCUAUGAGCUAUAUUUAAAAUAAAAUAAAAAAAGAUAGAUGAUAUGUAAUGACGAAUAUAAUGGAGUUGUUGUGCAGGGAUUUUUAAUCAUAAACUGUGAUCAGUGGACUUUUGUCCCCCCCCCCAAAAAAAAAAAACCCAGGGCAAUACAGUGUGAUUCAUGUUUACUUCCAGGCUACGAGUUAGGAAGAAUUCUGCUUUUUAAACGGGGGGAUAAAUAGAUUCUCCAACAGGGGGCGCUGUGUGGAUAGACUGACCACACAGGACAGGACAGGACAGGAGAGAGGGAGAGCACGUUGUGUGUGUGUGUGUAUGUGAGAGUGAGCGAUAUCACGUGAGUCUAUAAAAAAAGAUCACUGAUUAGGUCAAAUCAAGUCUUUUGUCUUGUGAGGCUGGAUCCCAGGCGGUUUUCUACUCGCUGUAUACAGCGCGUGCGCCCUGUAAGGUGUGGAGCGACGCGUCCCGAUCAGUCCCGUCAGGAUUUUGCGAUCGCGGGUAAUGAACACGAGGUCAAGCAAACGCCGCAAUAUUCGGAGGAGCUUGCAGCUGAAACCGCAGGUUUGGGCCAAGACACGAACACGAGUACAGCUAAAAGGUCUCGUUUAGCAGCAAACGUCACAGUGAAAGGCCGUUUCAACAAUUCAGAUCGUUUUCAGAAAAGAACAAACUACGGAAAACUACUUGAAUUGGCGGAAUCGCAGUUUCACUGAACUGUCUUGCGUGGCCUUUCACAGUGGUGUUUGUUGGUAAGCGAGACCUUGUAGCCGUACACAUGUUCAACGCACGUGAAUUGAAGAGGGCUGUGACUGAACGCGCGUCGUGACGACAUCACAUGAGGAGUCUCGGCCUAAGUCGUCGGAAAAUCUGCGGUAAUUUUGAAAAAUUGCAAGCUCCUGCGAAUGUCGCGGAGUUUCCUUGAUUCUGCGUCCAUUUCUGCGCUUGCAGAGUCCUGAAGGGACCGAUACAUGGAGCACUGCACACAUGGCCAAAGGUUUGUGGACACCUGACCAUCACACCCAUAUGUGGUUCUUGCUAAAGUUUGACGCAAACAAUUGUACAGAACGUCUCUGUGUGCUGUAGCGUUACAGUUUCCCUUCACUGGAACUAAAUGACCCAAACACUGUUCCAGCGUGACGAUGCACCUGUACACAAAGCCAGCUCCAUGAAGACACGGUGUGUGUGUGUGAAGGUUAGAAGAAGGUGGAAGAUCUGGAGUGUCCUGCACAGAUCCCUGACCUCAACCCCACUGAACACCUUUGGGAUGAACUGGAACUGGAGCCUCCUCGACAUCCCAACAUCAGCACCUGUCCUCAUCCUCGCUAACGCUCUUGUAGCUGAAUGAUCACAAUCCCCACCGCCACGCCCCAAGAUCCCCACAGCCAUGCCCCCAAAUCCCCACAACCACGCCUCAAGAUCCCCACAGCCACGCCCCAAAAUCCCCACAGCCACACCCCCAAAAUCUAGUGGAAAGCCUUCCCAGAAGAGAGAGUGGAGCGCGUUAUAACAGUAAAGACGGAAUCAAUCUGGAACGGGACGUUUGAUAAAGGACGUAUGGGUCUGAUGGUCAGAUGUCCACAAACUUUUGUCCAUGUAGUGUAUCUAAUGAGUGUUAAUUUAGAAUUCAGCUUCAUACACCUUGUAAAAGUGCACUACCAAGAUGGAGAAGAACAUCCUGGACAUUCCCUGUAGUGUACUUGAUGUCCAACAGGAAGUGAUCUGGCACUAGAGUUUUAUGUGGUGUGUGUAUAAUAUAUAUAAAAACACAGACUAAAGGAUUAUCUCUAAUCUUAUCAAAUUUGCAAUGUGAUUGCAUUAUUUAUUUAUUUAUUUAUCAACGAUCUUUUAUAACGAUCUUCAAAAGAAGGUUAGAAAUAACAGAAGGAGAACGAUGACGGGCUUCCACUUCUCAAUCUUAAUGACUGAUACGGGAUAUUUCAUCUGGUUUACGCUGGACAAGAUGUAUGCUUAUUCCGUCUCGUACCUUAAAAGAGUAGCACACUACGGUGUUUUUGUUGUUGUCGUCGUUGUUGUUUUUUGGUAAACAGGGUCGUUUAACGCAGCGUGCACACUACAUGGUUUUAUCCUCGUAUGUGAUUUGAAACACUUCCCACCCAACACAGCCCGAGAUAUUUUCCAGGCGAGCGAGUUUACGAGAGCGAGGGAACCCGUCGGGGUGUAAGAAAGCGACGAUCAUCACGGAUCCGCGACGUUUGGUGAACGCCACGGCGUGAUCUCGGGUAGACACGGAGGAUAGACCGGUGGGAAAUUCUCACAUACGAGCGAGUGAGGACUGAGCAACCGAGUCUGUUCAUUUUGACGCUCUUGACUCUCGCUAUCGAUAGCGUCCACUCGAUAUCACUACAAUCCCAGGUGACAUUAAAAAAAAAAAAUUAUAUAUACACCCACAUAACGCAAACGCUGUGUGCUUCGUGUUCCUUUGAUGUGUAACGACGUGCUAAUGAAAUCCUCUUUUUAAAAAUGGUGAUGUUUUUCUUUCUUUCUUUUCUUCCAACUGUUUCUCCUUUCCUGUGUUCUACAGUCCUGAGAUUUACUUUAUAUUCAUCGGUACGUAGACACAACAGUGUGGAAAAAAGAAUAGUUUAGUUUUGUGGUCAAGUUUUAGGUUUUAAACGUGUGACGACGAAUCUCUUCCACUAAACCCCGUGACAUGUAGCACUAAUGCAUCGCUUCACCCAAAUACAAUCUUUAUUUUUUAUUUUUUAAAGAAAGAAUUCUUUUGCUCUUUUGUUGUAGUGUCACGUAACGAUUUUAGAUUUUAUGUGUUUGUAGUAAAAAAAAAAAAAAAAAAUGAAAAAAAAAAGUGUUGCAUAACAUCAGACGUUGUCCUGUACAAUAAAGUGGACCUUACAUUCAUUGAC